AUGCCGUUUACAAUGAAAGAAGGGGGUUUCGGGGUGGGUGAUUACGUUGUCUUCGGUGUACUCUGCGCCGUGUCAUGUGCUGGUGGCCUGUGGUACAGUGCCAUUGGCUCCAAAGCCAAGAAGGUGGUAGACGUUAAAGACUACCUUCUUGGUGGACGAGCACUGUCCACGUUUCCAGUUGCCAUGUCGCUGAUUGCCAGCUAUGUCUCCGGAGUGACGAUAUUGGGGACUCCGGCUGAGAUAUACAACUAUGGCACUCAGUACUGGCUGGUGGUGAUCGGAGUGUCCCUCAGCUGUGUAGCAGUAGCUACCAUAUACUUACCUGUGUUCUGCACACUUAGGUUAUCUUCUUCGUAUGAGUACCUAGAGUUAAGGUUUAACAAGAAUGUUCGGGCAGCUGCCUCGGUAUUGUUCCUACUCGACGAGGUACUAUUCCUGCCAAUGAUUGUGUACGUUCCUGCAUUAGCGUUUAAUCAAUUGACGGGUUUCAGUGUAUUUGCUGUAGCUGGUACUAUGGUCACCAUAUGUGGCCUGUAUACAGUAUUAGGUGGAUUGAAAGCUGUGGUGUGGACGGAUUCAGUUCAAACGGGAGUGAUGUUCAUAGGAGUCAUCCUAGUGGCGGCCGCCGGGACGAUCGCCGUCGGCGGCGUCUGGGAGGUCAUCGACAUCGUCAACGAAACCGGACGAUUUGAACUAUCCAAUUGGAGUUUCUCUCCAUACGAGCGGCAGACCGGUUGGGGAGCUGUAGUCGGUGGAUUCCUGUACUGGACCUGCUUCAAUUCUGUCAACCAGACCAUGGUACAACGAUACAUCUCGUUGCCUACUAAGAGGAAAGCUAUCACGGCCAUAUUCAUCUUUUGCUUGGGUGCAAUCCUGGCGAUCUCCCUCUGUGUAUGGUGUGGUCUUGCAGCCUGGGCUACCUGGGUGCAAGGAGGUUGCGACCCUGGCGGUGUGCCCCUGGUCGAUGAUAGACUUCUACCAGCCUUUGUGACGUACGUGUCUAGAGCUAAGCACUUGCCUGGAUUGUCCGGGGUCUUCUUGGCUGGAGUCUUUGGAGCUGGACUUAGUUCCCUUUCAGCAGUAUUGAAUGCAUGUGCGUUGGUCGUGAUCGAGGACAUCAUCCACGGCUGGCUGAAGCUUCAACUGAAGCCGUUCACUGAGGGUAUGCUGGCCAGGGCUAUCACCGCCAGCUUGGCUAUUAUAUCUGUCGUGAUGCUGUUCGUUAUUGAGAAACUUGGAGGCGUUCUUGGUGUAGCAACAGCUUUAUCAGCCAUUGCAGCGAGUGCGACGUGCGGAGUUUUCACUUUGGGCAUGGUGUGCUGGUGGGUGGGCCCCCGAGGGGCGCUCUCAGGGGCCCUGGCCGGCGCCCUACUGGCUGGUACAGUAUCGCUGGGGACCCAAGCGGCUGCAGCUAAUGGUUUGAGAGCCCCACCGCUGAAUAUAACUUCGGAUUGUGCCCGAAACGCUUCCUAUGUGGAUUCAUUUAGUGAUGCUAUCGACCCAGAAUCCGUGUUCCCACUAUUCAGAAUAUCGUACCACUGGAUAGCACCUCUUGGGUUACUGGCGACGCUCACAGUCGGCAUGAUCGUGGGCUGGUUAUUCGACAAGAAGGAGAGUUUAAAGAUGGAUGCCGAGUUAUUCACGCCGGGUAUGUGGCGCUUCUUGCCACAAGAAGCUAUUGAACGUGCUGGGGAUACAAGAAGGGCGAUUGUUGAUCGAGAAACCGCACCAGCUCAUGCUGCACCACUUAUCCUUGCUACUAUUGAUAAGAUUGAAAUAAAUGGCGAGCCAAGCAGGUGA